UCCGCCAGUCGGCUCGGCGGUCUAGUGCGCGGCGUGGAGCGGGAGCCCGGGCCGGACGCGCGGCCGGGGGCCGGGGGCUGGGGGCUGGGUAGAUCGGCGCCAGCCACCGGGCAAGCCUGAGCCGCAAUGGCCGAGAUGGGCAGCAAGGGGGUGACGGCGGGGAAGAUCGCCAGCAACGUGCAGAAGAAGCUCACCCGCGCGCAGGAGAAGGUCCUCCAGAAACUGGGGAAGGCGGAUGAGACAAAGGAUGAGCAGUUUGAACAGUGUGUCCAGAAUUUCAACAAGCAGCUGACCGAGGGCACCCGGCUGCAGAAGGAUCUCCGGACCUACCUGGCCUCGGUCAAAGCCAUGCAUGAGGCCUCCAAGAAGCUGAACGAGUGUCUGCAGGAGGUGUACGAGCCUGACUGGCCUGGCAGAGAUGAAGCGAGCAAGAUUGCUGAGAACAAUGACCUGCUCUGGGUGGAUUACCACCAGAAGCUGGUGGACCAGGCGCUGCUGACCAUGGACACGUACCUGGGCCAGUUCCCUGACAUCAAGUCACGCAUCGCCAAGCGUGGGCGGAAGCUGGUGGACUACGACAGUGCCCGGCACCAUUACGAGUCCCUCCAAACUGCCAAAAAGAAGGAUGAAGCCAAAAUUGCUAAGGCCGAGGAGGAGCUCAUCAAAGCCCAGAAGGUGUUUGAGGAGAUGAAUGUGGAUCUGCAGGAGGAGCUGCCGUCCCUGUGGAACAGCCGUGUGGGUUUCUAUGUCAACACAUUUCAGAGCAUCGCAGGCCUGGAGGAGAACUUCCACAAGGAGAUGAGUAAGCUCAACCAGAACCUCAACGAUGUGCUGGUCAGCCUGGAGAAGGAGCACGGGAGCAACACCUUCACGAUCAAGGCCCAGCCCAGAAAGAAAACUAAACUGUUCUCCCGGCUGCGCAGAAAGAAGAACAGUGACAACGCCCCUGCCAAAGGGAACAAGAGCCCCUCUCCUCCGCCCGACGGCUCC